AUGGGUGAAGAAGAACAAGAAUUUGCACUUUCUGAAGAACAAAUAUCUGAAAUUCGUGAAGGAUUUAAUAUGUAUGAUCGUGAGAAAAAAGGAGAAAUAUCAACAUCGUUAUUAGGAACCGUAAUGAAAAAUCUUGGUCAUAAUUUAAAACCUGAUCAACUAGCCGAAUGUAUCGAAGCUGUUGAUGGAGAUGGAAGUGGAACAGUUGAUUUUGAUGAAUUUUUGGCAUUAAUGGCUAAAAAAACGAAAGAAGCAGAAGAUGAACGAGAACUACGUGAAGUAUUUCGUGUUUUCGAUAAAAAUAGUCGUGGAGUCAUCGAUGUGGCUGAUUUGAAAUUAAUAUUCAAAGCACUUGAUCCAGAUAUGGCAGAAGAUGAAGUAGAUCAAAUCAUAUCAGAAGUUGAUGAAGAUGGAAGUGGAACGGUUGAUUUUGAAGUUUCAUGUUAUACUCUUGAGACUGUGACAAUGACCGUUCUACCAGAUAUUAAAGCAACACCGAUUCGCUCGGUUCAAUCACCUCGGUUAUCGCGAACACAAUCAUUACCAAAACUGAGCGAGUCUCCUACAAUUAUCGAUCGAAAAACAUCAUCACGUCAGUCACGGAAAAAAGAGAUACGUAGUUCAAUACCAUCAUCUCGUGCUAAAACUCCAAAAGUAAAAAUUGUUGCUAGACACAAUUCACUACGUCAUAGAUUCCCAAAAAAUGAAGGAGCUAAAGAAUAUCAUUUCACUUGGAAACCAUUGGUAAGAGAACCAUACGAUUAUGAUUAUCAAUGGGAACCUGUUCAACGUGAAGAUAUACGACAUCAGUAUGACAAUCAUAUACCACCCGAACGAAUUAUUGCUAGUCGUCCCGAUCAUCCCUAUGCAAUGAAUAGUCAUUUUGAAACAGAAGAUAGACAUUAUCAAAAUUAUAAACGUAGUCAACAAAUGAGACAAGCACAAUGGAAUAGAGAACAUAUUGAAUAUACAAUUUAUCCAUACUCUAAAAUAGACGAAAGAGAAAUGUACAAUAAACGAAUACGAUCAACAUUAAAAGAACAAAUGGAACAGAAAAUGCUUUCAGAUAGAGCUCAUCAUAUAGAAAAAAGUCGUGAAACAUUAAUAGCAAUGGAACAAGAUCGACGUGAUUUAGAAUCUGAUAAACAAAGACAUAUUGACAGAUCAAAAAUGUUAUUAGAUUUUACAAUUAAUAAUAAAAAGUUAAUGGAAAAUAAAUGGGAUUAUGACAAUUGGAAUAAAAAAUAUCAAUGGCAUGUUGAUCGAAGUAUUUUAAUGGAUGAUCCCGUUAAUUGGAGUAAAACAAUGACAUAA